CAUCCGCUCCCACGGUAUCGCCCUCUGCCGACCGCGAGAUGGACGAGUCUGCAUCUAAAGCGCGCCCUGCGCCUCCGGGCGUCUCAAUUCGUCAUGGCCCGGUCGGUGACCAGAUGGGUGUCGACUCGGCACCCAAUGGGACCGUCAAGCGCAAAUCUCGCAGCUCGGCUGGGCAACCAGUUAAAUACAAAGAGGAAUCGGAUAGUGACGACGGCGCUCCCUUGGCGAAACGGCAAAAAUCGCAACACCAAAAAGCCGAGCCAGACAGCGACGAUGAGCCAAUCGCCAAGAAGAAUGGCUCGAAGCUGCCUCCGUCCGUCAAGGACACGGCAACCCUCGAAUCAUCUGAUGACGACCAACCAUUAGGGACAAAGAUUGCGCAAAGGAGGGCAAACAUUGAGAAGGCCGCUGCGAAGGAAGCCAAAUCCAUCCGGGCUGACGCGAAGACAAAGAAGGCCACGCCUCGGAAGUCGAUCAAGGAGGAGUCCGACGAUGAGCCGCUGGCAAAGCCCAGGAAACGCCAGUCGAACGGCGUCUCAUCUGUGAAAAAGACCAACGGUGUUAAAAAGGAGCCGGAUUCUGAUUCUGAUGCACCCAUCGCAAAGAAGGCCAAGAAGGCCGCUCCGCCACCCAAGAAGGGCAAGGAUACUGCGCCUGCCAAAGACGCCAAGCCUGUGAAGGAGGAGCCGAAGGAGGAGUCGAAGGAGAACAGCGAAGGGGAAGAGGAGGAAGAAUACCGGUGGUGGGACGAGCCGAAGAAGGAAGAUGACACGAUCAAGUGGACGACGCUUGAGCACAAUGGUGUGCUCUUUCCCCCUCCAUAUGAGCCACUUCCCAAGCACGUGAAGCUCUACUACGACGGGAAGCCCGUUGAUCUACACGUCGACGCCGAAGAAGUUGCGACUUUCUUUGGCUCCAUGCUUCACUCGACGCAGAACGUCGAAAACCCAGUUUUCCAGAAGAACUUUUUCAACGAUUUUAAGGACAUCCUGAAGAAGACCGGCGGCGCCAAGGACUUGGACGGCAAUCCCGUCGACAUCACAGAGUUCAAGAAGCUCGAUUUCACCAAGAUCUAUGAGCACUACAAGGCGAUCAGCGAUGCGAAGAAGGCACGUCCCGCCGCUGAAAAGAAAGCGGAGAAGGCCGAGAAGGAGAAGUUAGAGGCUCCUUACAUGUACUGCAAGUGGGAUGGCCGCAAGGAGAGAGUGGGCAACUUUCGCGUUGAACCUCCGGGCCUCUUCCGCGGCCGCGGCGAGCACCCCAAGACUGGUACUGUAAAAAAGCGUGUGAUGCCCGAGCAAGUUACGAUCAACAUUGGGAAGGAGGCGAAGGUUCCGUCUCCACCUCCUGGGCACAAGUGGAAGGCCGUCCAGCACGACAACAAAGCGACCUGGCUCGCCAUGUGGCAAGAGAACGUUAACGGUAACUACAAGUACGUGAUGUUGGCUGCGAACAGUGCCAUCAAGGGGCAAGCAGACUACAAGAAGUUCGAGAAGGCUCGGGAGCUCAAAAAGCACAUCGACCGCAUUCGCGCCGACUACACAAGGGAGCUCAAGAGCGAGGUCAUGGCAGACCGGCAGCGUGCCACUGCCAUGUAUCUGAUCGACAAGUUUGCGCUCAGAGCUGGAAAUGAAAAGGACACGGAGAAUGAGGCCGAGACGGUCGGCUGCUGCUCGUUGAAAUACGAGCACGUCACCCUCAAAGAACCCAACACUGUGAUCUUUGACUUCUUGGGUAAAGACAGCAUUCGCUUCUACAACGAAUUCACCGUGGAUCGUCAAGUCUUCAAGAAUCUCAAGAUGUUCAAAAAGCCUCCCAAGGAGGAGGGAGACGACAUCUUCGACAGGCUGACGACUUCGCAAUUGAAUAAACACCUUUCCAGCUACAUGCCCGGGCUUACGGCCAAGGUUUUCCGUACCUACAACGCGUCCUGGACCAUGUCGCAGCUCCUCAAGAACCUGAAGGUGGAAGACAGGACCAUGGCCGAGAAGAUCAAGCUCUACAAUGACUGCAAUCGCGAGGUUGCCAUUCUCUGCAACCACAAGCGAACUGUUGGCGCUAGCCAUGAGGCGCAGAUGGAAAAGCUUGGCGAUCGCAUCAAGGGCCUCAAGUAUCAGAGGUGGCGAACCAAGAUGAUGAUGCUCGACCUGGACCCCAAGUUGAAGAAGAAGAAGGGUCCUGAAUUCUUUGAGCUCGAUCCCGAACUCGACCAGGCCUGGAUUGAAUCACACCAGCAGUUUCUUGCAAAGGAAUUGCGGGAGAAGAUUGAGAAGAAGUUUGCGAAGGACAACGAGAAGCUCGAGGCAGACGGCAAGCAGAAGCUGCCGGAGAAGGAGCUCAAGGAGCGCCUUAAGGCGGUCUCGGAGCUCGAAGCCAAGUUCAAGAAAGAGAACAAGACGAACAAAGUCGAGGCCGAGGGCAAGGGUGUCACUGUCGAAAAGUUGACAGCCGCUGUCGAGAAGCUGAACGAGCGUAUAAGGACGCUCGAGUUGCAGUCGGCAGACCGCGAGGGCAACAAGGAGGUUGCCCUUGGCACAUCCAAGAUCAACUACAUCGACCCUCGUCUCACGGUCGCCUUCUCGAACAGAUUCAACGUUCCUAUCGAGAAAUUCUUCUCCAAGACGCUCCGUGACAAGUUCAAUUGGGCCAUCCAGUCCGUGGGCAAAGACUCCACGUGGGAAUUCUGAGAGCCCA